AUGCAUAUAAAUCUAGACUUAAUCACUCGCUCUGCAAAAAAUCACUCCGAAUUCAUUAUUGAUACAAUCUUAAAAACUUAUAUCAACGGAAAUUAUAAAUGGCAAUACGACUUUGAAAUCCAUAUUAACGUAAACAUCUUACUCAAUAAAUAUAACUACGAACCGUCUGUAUUUUUCAAAGAUAUAUAUGCACGAAGAAAAGAUUCCAAAUACUGGACACUACUUGCGUUUCUAUAUAUAUGUGGAAUUGGUACACAUGUGAACGAGAAAAAAGCGCUCUAUUGGUACAAACGCGCUGCAAACAUAGGUGAUCCUCUCGGCCAACAAGAAACUGCGCUAUUCUACGAACGUGGUAAAGGAACAAAAGAAAAUCUUUCAUCCGCAAUUUACUGGUAUACGAAAGCCGCUUCAGCUGAAAUGGCUAUUGCACAAUUUCGAUUGGCAAUCAUUUGCAUGUCGAACGUAAAUUUUGAAUAUGCACUAUAUUGGAUACGGAAGUCUGCGAAUUUAGGAUUUGACGAAGCGAUGAAAUUUAUGGCGGUAUCGUAUGAAGAAGGAUCCGGUACUUUACCUCAAGAUUUAUAUAAAGCUUUUUGGUGGUAUCGAAAAUGGGAAGCGACAGGAUCAAGUGAAGCUACACAAAGCGUUGCUUUAUAUCAUCACAAUGGUUACGGUACUCUUGCUGAUACUCAUGAUGCGAUUAAAUCUUUUUUAAGAAAUAUGAGGAGAGGUUUGCCAAUAAGAAGGUGGCAAUUGGAUACUAUUUUCAGAAAAUGA